CAAUUCGCAACACUUGAUAUACAUUAGAUAGAUUAUCCCUACCGUAUAGUAAGUGAUUUUGGUAUUUCGACCUUCUUUUUAACAUUUCACCUGUUUUCAUGUAUUCAGUACAAUAAGAUUCCUGCUGAAGGACAUAUAUCCAUGGCUACGAAUAUGUAAAAAAAAGGAUUCAUUUUAAUUGUCAGUGUCAACUGUCAAUUCUUGGGCACUGAGACAAAUUUUUGUGUGUAUGGACGGGUUCUAUGAAAAAGUUUAAUUAAUUAGUUUUGUGAUAAUUAUAUAGCUUUAAUGAAAGAACCAAAAGAAAGGACGAUGUCGGUGAGCGGCUCGUCGCUGCAAAAUGAAUAUAUGGAUGCUUUUAGUUCAAUAAAUGAACGACCGGUGGACGAUAUAUCAUUGGAGUUUUUUUACAAACCGCAUACAAUCACGCUUUUAGCUGUUUCUAUUGCAUCAGUAAUCUACACAGCGUUCGUCAGAGAUGAAAGAGACAUUCAAGAAAAUAUAUGGUCAGGCAUAUGCUGUGUAGUAUUUUUUUUCCUUAUAGUGUCAGUCCUCACAUUUCCAAAUGGCCCGUUUACAAGACCACAUCCGGCACUCUGGCGCAUUGUGUUUGGAAUGUCAGUGUUAUAUUUGCUUGCUCUGCUGUUCCUGCUUUUCCAAAGUUACUCCACGGUCUAUGCAAUAAUGUAUUGGAUUGACCCAAACUUACGGAAUUUUCACAUUGACAUGGACAAGGAGUAUGCUGUCAAUUGUUCUGAUAUAACAUUUGCAAGAGUUUGGUCUCAUGUCGACGUAUUUGCAUGGGGCCACUUCCUUGGAUGGGCGUUUAAAGCUAUUCUCUUUAGGCAUGCUGGCUUACUCUGGGCUAUAUCUAUAAUGUGGGAAAUUACAGAAAUCGCAUUUGCUCAUUUGCUUCCAAAUUUUAAAGAGUGUUGGUGGGACUCGCUAAUAUUAGAUGUCCUCAUUUGCAAUGGCUUAGGUAUAUGGUGCGGACUUAAAAUAUGUAAAGCCUUAGAAAUGAGGGAGUACAAAUGGGUUAGUAUAAGGGAUAUUUCAUCAACCACAGGAAAAAUAAAAAGAGCAAUACUUCAGUUCACACCAGUUCAAUGGACCCCAGUACGUUGGUUAGAUCCAACCAGCACAUAUAUGAGGUUUUUCGCAUUGAGUCAACUUGUUGUAUUCUGGCAGAUAUCAGAACUAAAUACUUUUUUCCUUAAACAUAUAUUUGAAAUGCCACCGUCUCAUCCUCUCGUCAUAGCUCGUCUUUGUCUGGUCGGAGUCAUUGUAGCUCCAUCGGUCAGGCAAUAUUAUACAUAUGUGACUGAUCCGUAUUGUAAACGAGUUGGUACUCAAUGCUGGGUAUACGGGGCGAUAAUGGUAACAGAAUCAAUGUUGUGCAUUAAAAACGGAAAAGAACUUUUUGGUCAAGCUCAAGUCUGUAACGUUAUAGUAUGGCUAGUCAUUCAAAUAUUAGUAUCAAUAGGAUGUGUGUAUGGCGUAGUGUUAUACCAUCGAUAUUUUGAGCCCAAUGUAGAUUCUUCAACUGAAAGCCCAAAGAAAGACAGUUAAAUAGAACUUACUCGAAUAUUGCUCCAAGGGUGUAUGAAGGCGUGAUUUUCCAGACAAUUUCUUGAAUGUUGUGUCCUAUUAGAUAGUGAAUUUUGUGUUAUUAGUUUAAAAGCAUUUUGUCAUCGCAUUGGAAUUAGAAAGUAGAAAUAUUUUAUUCGCUGAAAUAGUCUAGUUGUACCUACCUAUUUAUGUGCAUAUUGAUAGGAAAUGUAAAUAAAUAAAACAGAACUAUUAUCCACUGUU